ACUGAUUAAUUUUGUUUAUACUUGCAAUGCCACAUUUCUCAUGUUAUUAUUUUGAAAAAAGAGGAAACGGAAGUCUAAACACUAAGAUGUCUAUGGGGUAUACUGGCUUGUUCCCGUUUCCCACUCCAAUCCGGAAGGUGGCAGCGGUAACACCUAAAAGGACAAAAGCUGUUUAUAACUGCACAUAUGAAGAAGAAAAACCGGAAGUGUGCCGUGCUGUCGUCGAUAAAACAUGUGCAGGUCAAAAUUACUUUUUAGCAAAUCUAAUACUUAGUUAAUGUAAUUUGAACACUCUUCUAAGGUUGUUGUACAUACAAAUUGAAGCAUAACACGACAACUGGAGACGGAUAGAGUAAAAUUUGCCGAUAAGCGAAGUAUACCAAAAGAACUGCUUCCUGUGUAGACAUGGCUGAUGCAUUCAGUAGCAGCUCGGAAAUUGCAAUGCUGCGUCAGUUUGACGUCCAAGUGAAGAAACGAACUCCUCUGGACAAGCUUGAUGAAUUGUAUCAGGUUAAUAAGACCUGUGACUUCAUUUGUCAGAAUCACUUCGAGAAGGUAGCCUUGCAGUUUUCUGAUGACCUCCUGCAUGACUCCACUGCCGUUGCAGCUGAGGUAGAGAGAACUACUCAAACAAAAGUAUUCAUUCUCGGAGAUACAUCAUAUGGCAGUUGCUGUGUGGACGAGGUGGCAGCAGAGCACGUAGGGGCAGACUGCUUGGUUCAUUAUGGUCACGCCUGCCUGAGCCCCACUAAAAGACUACCUGUCAUGUACAUCUUUGACAGAGGACACCUCGACCUGGACAGGUGUACUUCAGCCUUCACUGAACUGUAUCCUGACACACAAGCCAACAUCCUCCUAUUCUAUGAUGUCAGAUACACACACGCUAUGGAUGACUUGAUGACAAAGUUGUGUGUCAUUUAUCCAAACGUUGUGUUGUCACAAAUCGCAGUGGAAAGCGAGUGUUGUUACAACUACAACAGGACUGAAAGUGAAGAAGACACGAAUGAAGAGAGUUACUUCGGAAGAAAGUUUAUUUUGAAGAGUGGACUGAGCGUGAAAGACUGCAAUAUUUUUUACGUUGGUCAAGAAGGAUCAACUUUAAUAAACUUGAUGAUGACCUUGAACCGCUGUUCCUUCACCUCCUUUGACCCCAACACGUCGUCAGGAAGAGUCGAGUCAGCGAAUAUCAAUCGUGCUCUGAUGAAACGUUAUUAUGCCAUAGAGCGUGCCAAGGAUGCCAAUGUGGUGGGCAUCUUAGUGGGCACUCUUGGUGUGUCGGACUACUUGUCCAUCCUCCAGCAGUUGAAGGACGUUAUACACGCGGCCAACAAGAAGACGUACGUCUUCGCUAUGGGAAAAAUUAAUGUGGCAAAACUCGCAAACUUUUUGGAAAUUGAUAUUUUUGUUUUGAUCGCUUGUCCUGAAAACUCCUUGUUGGAUUGUGCUGACUUUUAUCGACCUGUGGUGACGCCUUUUGAGAUGGAAAUGGCCUGCAACCCAAACAGGAAGUGGACUGAAGAAUAUGUUACAGACUUUAGACAUCUUCUACCAGGUGGACAAAGUCAUGUACUUUUGUCUGGCGGCCAAGAAGAAGAAACGGAGACAAACAUGUCUUUAAUCACAGGAUCUGUGAGAAGCUGCAAGAUGAACACAGAAGAAGUAGUUAUUUCACAGAAUUCUUCUCUGGUCCUCAGAAAUCAGACGUUGACUGUUGCUAACACAAACUCAGCAGCAUCUUUUCUGGCCAAUCGCAGUUGGCGAGGAUUAGAGCAGAAGUUGGGAGAAACGCCUGUGAUGAAAGCUGUGACGGGCAAGAAGGGCAUUGCCAUCGCCUACGAAGAUGAAGGAGCAGCUUCAUGAUCACAUUACUGUAAAUAAUUACACUACAGUACAUUAUUGUCUCUUUGGACAUUCAGAUUUAUUUUCCAUGCUCUGAAUUGGAAAUUAAUUUUUCAUGUGAUUUAUUAUUUUAUAACUUAAAUAUAAAGUAGUUUUAACUCUGUCCAUCAUGUAUGUAAAGAUUCUAAUUACAGAAAUUUGCAACUGCGACCCCAUGUGGUAGUGGUGCGAAAUGCCUGUAGAAGGAAAAGAAAAGUUUGACGGCGCUAUCUGCAAGAGAGGAAAAAGUACUGCAGUUCUAAAGAUGCUUUAACAAGAUCUAUUUACAUUUUCAUAAAUAUUACAAUAAACAGUGUACUUAUUAGUGGUUUUUGAAAAAAUUGUUUCACAUUCAAAUCACGAUUCAAAAUUUUAGAAUCAAUAUGUAAAAGUUUUUAAGCCCUCUCUGCACUUACUUACUGCAUAUUUGCAUCAUACAUCAGCAGCCAAAUGAGCUUUUGUAACCCGUUUUGAAAAGGUUUUAUUAUGAUGUAUGUACACAAUACUGUAUAGCGAGAAUUGUGUUAAAUUGAGAAUCAACUUGAAUUGUGAGUUGUAAGAUUGAAACCCUAAUAUUAAUGUAUGCCUGUAAUGUAAUGACAGUGAUGGAACUUAUACAAGUCACUCACAUUGUAAUACAAGUUUGCCGCUAAGUGGCAGCAGUGCUCCAAAUUAUCAACAAGCUGCUUGUAUUUAAACUUCAUAAACUUGGUCAUUAAAAGAUGUACAUUGUUAUUCUUCUGUUUUAAUAUCAGGUGAUUAUAUGAAGAAUGUCAACAUCUGCAACUCAUGCAAGGUUUUGAACACAAAUAAUUGUAUUUCAGUUUGGGGAGGAAUAAAAAAAAUAAGUUAUUUUCUUUAUAUUAUAAGUAUUAAGCACUAAUUAGACUUGAGAAUGCAGAAAAUGAUUAUUUCAUUUAAGUUUUUACUUUCCUUUUCUUUGACACACUGCCACCAGAACAAUCAUAAUGAAAGGAAAAAGUUAUUGGAGCCGACUAGUCUCAUAUUUACGCACCAAACCACUUAAGUCCAAAUUCAUUUUUUAAAUCAUUUAACACAAUCAAUAAAUGCUAGAAUACUAUCAAAAAUCAACAUUUGAAUGAAUUUUUAUGUCUGUUAUUCACUGUUUUUCAUUCACAAGUAGUAAUGAGCUAUGGUAAAUAUUUACAAUGAUUAAUCUAUAGUAGGUUUUUAUAUUAUUGCUUCUUAGUAUUAUUUAUCUAUAGGAGAUAUUUAGUAUUCAUAUUUAGUGUGAGUGAUCGUUUGUAGAUAUUUAGUGUUACUAAUCUAUAGUUGAUAUUUAGUAUGAUUGAUCUGUAGUUAUUUAGUAUUAUUGAUGUUUAGAAGGAUCUAAUGUAGAUAUUUAGUGUUUUAAUGUGCAUAUUGAUUUUGAUGGUUUAGAUAUUGAGAUGAUUGAUUAAUUGAUUGUUUUUGAUUAUGAUCUACUGUAGAAAUUGAGUAUGAUUACCUCUGCAAACAUCAUUGAUUGAUAGAAAGUUGUUCCACAAAAGAAGCAGGAAAUAUUCCAGUGUUUCCUUCACAAUAUCCUUCCAACCAGUCCUGAUUGACUGCAAGUUUGAAAAACAACUUAACAUAAUGCUAAUCGUGAAUAAAUCAUAAAAAAUAAUUCAGUUCUUACCUUUACUGAUCAAAGUGAUAGUAUCUCCUUUAUUAAAAGUCAGAUCUUCAGGAUUAGACGAUUCAUAAGAGUGACGUGCCACAAAAAUCAUCUCUGUAUCCUGUAACUUUACAGCACACACACGCACAUCACAUGUGAGAGUCAAUACGCAAUAGUUAAACUAGUCCCUUAUUGCUGGGUUGCAAUCACGUGACUUAGAGGCACUUUCGGGUUUCAGGCGACAGUCUACAGCCUCAUUAGGCUACUGUUUUCAUUUACCUGCAUCAGUACAGAUUCGGGCGUAUUUUGAAAGGUUUAGAGGCAAAUGUAAGCGAUCAUGAAAAAAAUAUUUAAGAUGAGAUGGAGUGGAUAUACAGUUUAGUUUAGUUUAGUUUAGUUUAGUUUAGUUUAGUUUAGUUUAGUUUAUUAAGGAUCCCCAUUAGUCUACACCACAGUGGAGACUAUUCUUCCUGGGGUCCAGGCAAAAACAUCACACAAUCACAAAACAAAAGAUUAAAAUGCAGUACAACAUGAUCAAAUAAUAAAAUGUUGUAAUACAAAAAUAGCAACAACAAAGAACCAAAAAAAUAAUAAUAACUUCGAGUUUACAUAAUAUUGUUCAUAACAAAGAUAAAAAGAGCAAUAUAAAAAUAGAUAUAUAUAUAUUUUUGCAAAAAAAUAAAUAAAACAAAGAACCAAUGGCCUAAAAUAUAUACAUUAGUGUACCAAAGACAAACAAUAAGUGACGAAAAAAGUUCCCUCCACCAUUUUCUACUGCUUGUCCCAUAAUCAAUAAAAUAGUCAAUAAAACAGUCAUGACAUUAGGUACAAUCUAGAAUAAUCUCUUUCCGCAAUACUUCUCCUCUUAGUCUAUUCUUAAAACCCACUCUGCUGGUGAUUGAUACCAAAUAUUGUGGAAGUCGAUUCCAGUAAGUGAUUGCCCUAUACAUUACAGUCUUUUUCAAAACAUCACUUUUGGGUUUAAGACGGGUGAAAGCACCUCUUAGGGCUAACCUGGUACCAUAGUUGUGACUUUCACUAGCAAGCAACAGCUGAGAAUACAGAUAUGAAGGUUCAUGGUAUGUAUAGAUUGUUUUUAAAAAUAGAAUCAAACUACACGCUAGUCUUUCACCAACUCUCAUCCAUGACAAUUCAUUAUGCAUGAUCUCAACGCCGGUCCUAAAUGAGCAAUGGUGAGCUAGUCUGGCAGCUCUGUUUUGGGUAAGCUGGAUUUUAUUGAGUUCUUGUUUAGAUGCAUUGGACCAAAUUGCUGGGCAGUAGUCAAUAUGUGACAAUACAAGGGAUUGUAUAACUUGUUUCGUAGUUGUGUUAGUUAAAAAAUAGGCACUUCUUCUUAUGAUUGAGAUGCUUCUGCUCAUUUUUUUUACUAUGUUAUUAAUGUGAGUGGCCCAAGAUAGUCUUUCAUCUAUUGUAACUCCCAGCAACCUGGCUUCUUUAACUUGUUCAAUAUGAACUCCGUUCAAAGAAACAUUCAAUAUGCGUUCUUUUCUAUGAGCAUGUUUUGAGCAAAUAAGACAUUUUGUUUUGGAAAUAUUAAGUUUCAUCUUAUUUUCUGUAACCCAUUUAGAAAUCUGCAUAACCUUGUCUUGUAGUAUACUGCUCAGGUCUGUGCAAUUAUCAGCAUAAGCAUAUAUUGUUGUGUCAUCUGCGUAAAUUGCACAGCAACCAUUCUUUAAAAUACAUGACAUAUCAUUUACAAAUAUUGAGUAUAAUAAAGGUCCCAGGCAACUUCCCUGGGGAAUACCACAAUAUAAUGUUUUAAUAUUUGAAAGGGUUCCAUUGAACAUGACCCAUUGCUGUCUGUUGACUAGGUAGCUUUUCAUCCAGUUAAUCGCUGAGAGUUUAAAACCAUAAGCAGACAGUUUUAUAAGUAGUAGUUUGUGGUCAAUAAUAUCAAAAGCAGCACUAAAAUCUAAUAGCACUGUGCCAACUAAUAAUUUACCGUCAAUUUGUUUUAGCCAGUCAUCUGUUAAUUGUGUGAGAGCUGUGCAUGUUGAAUGGCCAGUUUUAUAUGCAUGUUGAAAGUCUGAAUUAAUGUCAUUUAUAGAGAAAUAAUUUUGAAUUUGCUUAAAUAUAAUUGUUUCCAUUAAUUUUCCUAAUACUGGUAAAAUGCUAAUUGGCCUACUAUUCGAUCCAGUGAAUGCUUCUUUCCUAUUUUUUGGUAGAGGAGUUACUCUAGCAACCUUCCAUAUUUGAGGAUAGAUUCCUUCUUUAAAACUUAAGUUAAAAAUAUAACAUAUCGGACUGGCUAUUAUUCCAGCUGACAAUUUUAAAAGUCUACUAUCUAGAUUAUCAUGACCACAAGGUUUGUCAGAUUUCAACUCAGACAAUAGAUUUUCAAUUUCCAAUACAUUAGUGACUGAGAAUUCAAAUUUACAUUUUUUGUCCUGCAUGAUAUCAUUUUUAAUAAGUGACUCAGAUAGAAUACAAUUUACAGGCAGCAUGCCAUUUCUUAUAGUAUCAACUUUACUUAUGAAAUAAUUGUUGAAGUAAUCAGCAAUUUCUUUGGGCUUGGUGAUAAAGCCUUCACCUGAUUCAAUAAAUGCUGGUGUUUUUCCCAUUUUAUCUCUACCCAUGAUUUGAUUGAGAGUACUCAAGUUGUUUUCCAUCAUGUUUAAUUUCUUCAAUUCUAGAUUGGUAGUACACCCUUUUUUUCUGUUUAUUUAAUUUGGUGACUUUGUUUCUUAAAGAGCGAUAUGCUAGCCAGUCCUCUGAGCUACCUGAAUCUACUGCAACUCUUUUCCGUAUAUCUCUAUCUUUCAUCAAGUUUCUCAGGUCAGAGUCAAGCCAAGGGGCUUUGACAGAUCUGACGGUGAGCUUCUUGAUGGGUGCAUGCUUAUCACAGACAGAAUAAAAUGACUUCAUGAAUUCAUGCAGAGCUGCUUCAGUAUGCUUUGACUCAAAUACACUGUCCCACUGUAUGUUAUGUACGUCUUCAAUAAAGGCAU